AGCCAGAACGAACUUUCCAAAAAAAUAAACAAAUAAAAAAGGGGGUUUUAUUAUAAAACUUGGUACGCAAGUAACGAAUCGCCAUAAAAACGCAGAGGAUCCAUUCAAUUUUCUCACAAAGUAAAUCCCAAAAACUCAAUCGAAAUCCCAUCUUCGUCAACUCACACUCCGAAGUCCGAAUCCGAAAUCUCAAUGGCUUCCCCGGCACUUCUCGGUCCACCGGAGCUCUACAACCCACGCAUUCAAUCUGAACCACCCCCCCAAGCCGAACCCCAAUCGGAAGCCACUGCUACCGACCCUUUUAUGGAUCUCCUGACGGCCAAUUUCAACAAAACCCUCACCACCACCGCCGAAUCGCACCCAAUGGGUCUCACCGAGAACAACUCCGCUACCUUUCUCUCCUCCGGCAACCCUUGCCUCGACUUUUUCUUCCAUGUCGUGCCCGACACUCCGCCUGAGUCUAUAACCCAGAGGCUUCAGUUGGCCUGGUCCCACAACCCCUUGACUACCCUCAAGCUUAUUUGCAAUUUACGUGGGGUGCGUGGCACUGGCAAGUCCGACAAGGAAGGUUUCUAUACGACUGCAUUUUGGCUCCACAACCACCACCCCAAAACCCUCGCAAGCAACGUCCCGUCGUUUGCCGAUUUCGGAUACUUGAAGGACUUGGCGGAGAUCCUUUACCGGCUUCUUGAAGGUCCCGACUCGAGGGCGAAACAGAAGGACGAGCUCUUGCAGAGAAAAUCCACUCGAUCGUAUUUGCGCGGGCACAAGAAAUUGAAACCGUCUGAGAAAUCGAAGAGGGUCGCCAAAGGCACCGUGGCUAGAGAGAUUCGAGUCAACAACGCGUUGGAGGAGGCAAUGAUGGAGAAGGAGAAGGCCAAACAGCUGAGGCACGACAAGAGAAUCGCCAUGGCCAAGAAUGUCGUCCAGAGACUCGGGCGUGACCCGGAUUUCCGAUUCUUGUACGAUAAAAUCUCCGACUACUUCGCCGAAUGCUUAAGGGCCGAUAUUGGGUUCUUGAAUUCUAGAGAGUACAGGAAGAUAAGCUUGGCUGCCAAAUGGUGCCCUUCCAUAGACUCGUCUUUUGACCGCUCGACUCUGCUCUGCGAAAGCAUUGCAAGGAAGAUAUUCCCUCGCGAAUUAUAUCCUGAGUACCAAUCCAUUGAGGAGGCACAUUAUGCAUUUAGAAUCCGAGAUAGGCUCAGGAAGGAAAUACUUGUGCCGUUGAGGAAAGUUUUGGAGUUGCCGGAGGUUUACAUCGGAGCCAAUCAAUGGAAUGCAAUCCCAUACAACCGUGUGGCUUCCUUGGCCAUGAAAUUGUACAAGGACAAGUUUUUGAAGCACGAUGAGGAAAGGUUCCGAAAAUAUUUGGAGGAUGUGAAAGCCGGCAAGUCCAAGAUUGCUGCAGGAGCAUUGCUUCCCCACGAGAUUAUAUCCUCUGGCGAUGAAAUUGCCGAGCUUCAGUGGAAGAGAAUGGUGGAUGAGUUGUUAAACAAAGGUAGAUUGAAGAAUUGCAUUGCUGUGAGUGAUGUCUCUGGGAGCAUGCAUGGGAUUCCAAUGGAGGUUUCUGUGGCAUUGGGUUUGUUGGUCUCUGAAUUGAGCGAAGAUCCUUGGAAGGGUAAGAUUAUCACUUUCAGUGCAAAUCCUCAACUUCAUCUGAUACUAGGCGACGAUCUUCGUUCCAAGACCGAGUUCGUCAGACGCAUGGAUUGGGGCCAUAACACCGAUUUUCAGAAGGUGUUUGAUAAGAUUUUGAAAGUGGCUGUGAAUGGGAACUUGAAAGGAGAGCAGAUGAUAAAGAGGGUGUUUGUUUUUAGUGACAUGGAGUUUGAUCAGGCUUCAGCAAACGAUUGGGAGACUGACUAUGAGGCCAUAAAGAGGAAGUUUAGAGAGAAGGGAUAUGAAGAAUCGGUGCCAGAGAUUGUGUUCUGGAAUUUAAGAGAUUCCAGGUCAACUCCAGUGCCUGGGAAACAACAAGGGGUGGCUUUGGUAAGUGGGUUUUCAAAAAAUUUGAUGAACUUGUUUUUGGGUGGCGCUGAAGCAUUAAACCCUGAAUAUGUCAUGGAUUUGGCUAUAUCCGGCGAGGAGUAUCAGAGACUUGUGGUGGUGGACUGAUUUUGUUUGCAAUCAUAUAUAGUGCGGAAAAUAAAUAAUAGAUUUCAUCUGUUCCUAGUCUCGUUAUGAUGGAAAAUCUCUCUCUCUGGUACAAACAUAAUAGAAUAUCAAUUCUAUAUAUGUUUCUGUUUAUGGAACUUGCAGUGUUGCUUAUACUGUUUGAUUAUCAAACGAAACAAAACAAUUACUAUAUGCUCCGAGUUAAUCCAUGUUGGCGUCAACUAGCUCAUGCUCUGUUUAUGUAGCCUCUCAUUGAAAUUGGGCCUGGAGUAAAGAAACGUCUUUUGUCAAUUGGUUGUUGAAUUUCGCCACACUGAGAAUCUAAAUCUAAAUCCGUAUUUGAAUAUUUGUUA